AUGGAGUUUCUUGGAGCCUAUACAUUACAACUUCCUGGAGGACUGAUUCCCCAAAACAUCCUAAUGAAACUAGAUAAACUUCCCAAAACGAUAUGGUAUACUGGAAAAAUAAAACCAAUACGCCAGAUUCUCAACACACUCCCAAAAGAAAAGCAAGAUAUUAUUCAGUAUGUUGUACAACUCAUGUAUGAUGCCUUUUACUUUGAGCAAGCGUUUCUUGUCAACAUCAUUCAACACACCAGUAUUAGUCCUAAACGACUUGCAAUCAUUCAACAUCAUGUUCAAAAACAAACGGUUCUUACUCAAGGUGGAUCAAGUCAUCCAGGAUAUCAGGGCCCUGUUGAUAAUCUUGAGCAAAAUAUUUUGUUCAAUCUCAUUCGAGCGAUCGAGCGGGGAUUAUAUCAUGCUACUCCUACAACUGGUGACAAAGGACGCGGGAAGAAAUAUCGAGUUUGA